CUUUCCAAUUGGAAAAAUGCCUUGCGAUGAAACCUUUAAUAGUUGACUGGCAGACGAAUCCUUCACGUUGUAGUCUUUGUCCAGGUUAACAAUCAUUAUAAAAAGUUUACUCCGGGGCGAAGUGGCGACAGGGGCAGGGCAAAUGUGAAAAUGGGGCGAAAUGGGGAUAGGCUGUGGGCAAUGGGGCGAAGUGGUAAGGGGCGACAUUGUUAGAGGCAAAGCGGAAAUGGAGAGAAGUGACUGUAAAGCCCGACAACGACGUGCGUCAUGGAGAAGUAUGUCACUGUUGAAGAAUUUGCUGAAGUGCUAAGCCGAAGAUUUUCACCGGAAUUUCCGUGCGAGUUGCGGGAGUACGAAGGGGUGGCGCUUGCUCCAGAGGUAGAUAAGGUGGCCGAAGACUUCAAGACGUAUGAGGUCAGGGAGGAUGACUGUUGGUUGGUGACGUAUCCAAAAGCAGGUACAACCUGGGUUCAAGAGAUUGUGUCCUGCCUGAUGCAUGAUGAAUAUCUGGACCCGGCUAAACAGAUACACACCGUGUUUCGCGUACCAUACCUUGACCAGACCAUUCCUGAGAGAGCCCGACGAUGGAAAAAUAUGCCACCACCUCACAAGAUUGCUGAGGAGAUGCCGUCACCUCGGGUCCUCAAAAGCCAUUUCCCUGGCCAGCUCCUGCCUCCCCAGCUAUGGGAGAAGAAGGUCAAGAUCAUCUACAUCAUCCGCAACCCCAAAGACGUGCUGGUGUCGUACUAUUAUUUCGAGAAGAUGUUUGAUCCGCAGAGGAAGGAACAAAGCUUCGGGGAGCUGUUGGAGAGGGCGAACAGUGGAAACAUCAUGUACGGCGUGUGGUGGUGUCAUUAUUUGUAUUUCUGGAAGAGGAGACACGAGCCGAAUAUCCUUCUGCUGCGAUACGAAGACUUAAAGAAAGAUCUAAGAGGAAAUGUCGAGAGGAUCAGUCUGUUUCUGGGCAAGAACCUUCCAGCCAAGAAACUGGACGAAAUCACUGAGCACUGCAAGUUUGCCAACAUGAAGGCCAACCCAAUGGCCAACCAUGACGUACUGUACCCAGAAAGUACAAAGUCUGGACGAAGCUUCAUGCGAAAAGGGAAAGUCGGGGGUUGGAAGGAACACUUCACUGUCGCUCAAAAUGAGGCAAUGGAUGCCCUCAUAAAGGAGAAGCUGCAUGGCACCGGACUCACCUUUGACGACUAGCCAAUCAGGUGCUUAGAUCGCCUGCUUUUACCAUAUUCACUGACCAUGAAAUAGCAUAAUAUAAGUAUUCAAAUCAAUCAUAUUCAGCUCCUCAGUGGUGUAAAUUGAUGUUGGCGAGUGAGAGGAAGAAAGACUGGUGAU